AUGGGAGAUCUUUUUUCUUUAUUUUGGGAGGUGGAUCCUCCCGCCAUUCCCAUAAGUUUUACCAUUCCAAAUCAAGACUAUGAAUGCCGGAAGGAUGACUCUUGUGGGGUAAUAGGGAACUUCCUGCUUUGGUAUUUUGUCAUUAUACUGGUCCUGAUGUUCUUCUCUCGGGCUUCUGUCUGGAUGUCUGAGAAGAAAAAGGAUGAAGACAAUGGGACAAGUACUUCACCAAGUAAAGAAAGCAAAGAUAUUUCCAAUAAGCGGCGAGGCAAAGAGGGUGCCUGGGAUUCUUUGCAAGUGAUGAAAAAACCAAAGCAGAGCCAACUUACCCCUGUAACUGACUCAGAAGUGGCUUUGGUCAAUGCCUGUCUUGAACAAAGACGAGCAAGGCGCUAUUCUGAAUUCAAUCAAGUGAAUCGGACCCAACAUGACAGUGAUACAACUGAGUGUGACAGUGAAGAAUCUAACUCUGGAGCCUCCUCAUGGAAGGAGAGUGAAAGUGAACCCCACCCAUCACCAGCCAGUAUUAAGAAGAGAAAAACAACUCAGAGGCAAAGGAAUAUGGGAGGUUACCAAAUCAGGGAAAGGCCCUGCCUCCACUGCAAAGCCAUGAGAACCAAUGAAUGGCUAACUCGCCAUUUCCUUCAGAAUGCUUCAGUAACAAGCUCAAUGAAGGGAGAUAAAAAUUUUGGACCUGAUAUUAAGACAAAAUUCAGUAAAUUUUGA